CACACUUCUGGUCGGUAGGUGGCGGUAAUGUACCCAGGUGACUGGAUGAUGAAGAAGAAUUUAAAUCACCUGGCGGUUCAAGUAAACAGGCAAGUUCUACACUCCUUGUUAUUACAGUCGCAAAUAUAUAUAUUUGUUGUUUUUAAAAUUGUUUGCAGGUACUGUAUAAAUCUAAGUUUAAAUAUAGGCUGUUAUGAGUUUCAGUGGAUCAUUCAUUAGCAUUGCAUUUUUAUUAUUUGUCGGGUGGACAGGAAUAUGUGGUUGAUCAGAUCUAAGACAACAUAUGAUGUAGAGUUUCCAUGAAAAUAUAAAUUUUCUCAUCCGCAUGUGAUUUCGUUGCUUAUAGUGGUUAUUUUCUGCAGUUAUUCUUCUGCAAUGCACAGUGAGUUUUUAGAAACCAGAACCAGAGAAGACAAGAUGUUCCUACUUGGGGAUGUCUGUAUAAACAUGCACAGCUCUGAAAUACACAAACAGAGACUCAUUUAAAGGUUUUACUGAAGAAAAUGAUUUGCUCUGCAGUCCUGAGCUCACAGGGGACACAAGUGGCAGCGAGAGCGAGAGAUUUACGCUUUUGCUCUUUUAAUUCCUUCUUUAAACUGAUUGAUUUCCUUUCUAAUCUGGAAUGUUGGUGUAUUUGCUCUACAGCGGAGCAGCAGCGGCCACCAUUAGGCUUUUAGUUCAUAGUGUUAGUUUGUAUAGCCGACUUCUACACCUGUCCUGUCUGUAUAUUUCCUCAAAUAAAUCAAUAAAUCUCCACCCUCGGGGGGUAAAGGGUCCGUUUGGAGAGAGUUACCGAGUUGCAGUGAGACAUUAGAGCUGUAUAAAGCUGACCAGGGUGGGAUUGAAGAUGGCGGCGGCCCCUCUCUGUCCCGAUAAUGUGGUGUUUACAUGUUUGUCUUCGUCGGUGUGCUCGAGUGAUGGUAUGUUUUUGUCGCGUUUGUCCGUCCCGAGGCGCACAUACAGCCCUGGGACUCUUUUUGACAUUGGUAACACUUUUUUUUUUUUCUGUAAGUUAAACCCGGCACACGCUAAGGAGCUACUGUAUAUGUUCUCGGCCUACUCCGGCGGCCCGCUUUGACAUCGACCUCCAUUACUGCUGCACACCUGCAGAGGAAGCCCCGUAGGCGGUGCGAGAGGAGGCAGAAGCGGGGGUAUCCGAGCCAGGCUAAUGGCUAAUCCACACAAGCCGGCUAUUGAGUUUCACGGUGCUGAAGGAACGAUGAAAUAAAAGUGAAUGCACCCGUUUCGAGACUCCAUCUGCCUUUUCUUCCGAGGGCUGCUACACUCUGGAGAAAGGUCAUUAAUUUGAACUCUCGUCUCUGAAGAGAAGAUGAAAAGAAGUUGCUCGAGCGUUAUUGUGUACCAUGGUUUGUUUUUCUGCAGAACCUGGCUCAGUUUGCUCUUCAUAUUUCUGAUAGACAAAGUGUCGGGGCAGAUCACCACAGUUGAAGCUGUUAUAGGAGGCUCUGUGAUCUUAUUGUGUUCAGCCAGUCGCUAUGAAAAGGACAUGCUCUGGCGAUAUGAUAACACCAAGACAGUGUACGACAUCCUCGGCGGUAAAGAGAAUUUUCAUGACCAGGAUUCAGCGUACAGCGGCAGAGUCGAAGGUUUUCAAUCGGUGUUCACAAAAGGGAAUUACUCCAUCAGAUUAAGUGAUGUGAAACACACUGAUGCAGGAAUUUACAGUUGCCACAUCCCUGGCUCCAGGACUCUCCAAGUAGAACUGAAGGUUCAAGCAGAGUCUUCAGACAGAGCUCCACAGCCCACAAUUGCAGAAACGAGCCGAGGAGCGAGAAGACGGUGUGACACUCGUUUGCUUUUCUCUGCAGCUCUGUUGGGACUGAGUGUAUGGUUUUUGUUUGAGCAUUUGAGUUUUGAUCAUUUGGUAGAACACCUACACCUUUCUUUCUGAUAAAUGUUUAUCUCUAUGUACAUUAUAAACACAUCGAAAAACUCUAUGGGCGCUGUGUGCGACGGCUGCCUCUCCAGUAGCUCUGUAGUUUUUAGCACUUUAAGUAGGGGUGGGCGGUUUGCACGGUAUGAUACCGUAUGCGGUAUUUUUUGACCAACGGUAGAGAGUUUGUGUCGUAGCGUGUACCGCGAUAGCUCAUUGCCACCUCUAGUUGGCAGUAAUGCAUAGUUUGAACGCCCGCCUGGCUGCUUCGAAGAAGAACAACAACAAUGGCGGCGAGUAGUGAAGAGACGGCAGCAGAGGAAGAGCUCGUGAAAAAAGUCGGCGCAACAUCAGUAAUCUGGACAUGGUUUGGAUUUAAAGUGACAGAUAUUAAACAAGAAAAUGUUAUCUGCAAGAUAUGCCGGGCGACAGUGAUCGCAAGACACGGUAACACAAGCAAUCUGUUCAACCACCUCAAGACUAACCACUAUGGUUCACUUUAUACUUGCCUUGAAGUGUGCUACUAAUUGGCACUAAAGCUGUUUAAAAGCUUGGUUCUGCAUCUCAGUUGAUUAUUUUUGCACUCAGAAAAGUACUUUACAAUUUUGUGUCUAUGAGGAAUUCGAGGAGUUUAUUUGAGGAACUUUACCUAUUCUUAGUUUUUUAAAAUAUAAAUAUUCUUUUUUAUA